GCGGGAGAUAAAAGCACCGGCGGAGAACGGGGCCGCAGAGACGGCUCCCGCAGCACCUCGGCCGCCAGCACCAGCCAUGAGCCCGCACCUCCUCCUCGUCCUCCUCCUGGCCGCCGCGCUCUGCCGGGGCGCGCCGCUGGCCGGGGAGCUGCGCUGCCGCUGCGUGCGGACCGUGUCCGAGGUGAUCCCGCCGCGGCGCCUGGCCCGCGUGGAGCUCGUCGCCGAGGGCCCGCACUGCGCCGAGCCCGAGGUCAUAGCCACGACGAAGCAGGGACAGACGGUGUGCCUGAGCCCCUCCGCACCCUGGGUCAAGCUCAUCGUCACCAGGAUCCUCAACAGUUCACAUAACCAGCUCUGAGGGAAGAAACAUCUCCAAAUGAAGCCACCUGUGUCUGCCAGAAGAUGCAGGGAAAUGGAUGUUGGAAGAAGAUAAUAGCCCGACUCUCUAGUUUUGAUGAGUUGUAGACCAGCUGUUCUACGUUCAAUCUCUCUGAGACUCUCCCCUCCCCUUAUAUUUAUUAUUGCCUAUGCCUACGUAUGUAUUCAUUGACUGAGCUAAAGUGACUGAAUCCGUUCGAUAAGACAGCAUAGGCUUUGCUAGGCACCUCUCAGCAACCUUGCUGCAGUUUUCACAGUUUGAGUAGCCCCACCUUUGUGCAAGCUCCUUCCCUCCAAAUACAAUUUGCCAACAAGUUCUUAUAAAUAGCAUUAAUAUCCGAAAAGAAGACGGGUCCAUUGUAGAGACCGUUGUGCAAAUGUCUGCAGAUAGUCCGAUACAGAGAGGUUUCAAUGGGUAGUGCUGAUGAUAGUGGGUAAUCCUUCCGUGAGGAAUAACAAAGUCGCUGAUUCUGAGCGCUGUCUGGCACUUGGCAUUUUAGUGCCGGUUCAGAAUUACACGGGAAUAAAAACUGGUUGAAGCAAGCGCAGUGCUGUGCUGCCAUGCUCAGUCUGCUGCCUCAGGUGCCUAAAUGAGCCUUGGGCUCGAUGUUUUGCUCAAUCUGUUUUCCCCACUAUAACUUACUAGCAUUUACUGUAGACUGCCUAGGAUCUGCACAGUGAAAUUACAGAAAACUUGCUCCUGAAGUCUCACUCUAUUCAAUAUUUAUGACAGUUCAGAAUUUCCAUGAAAUUGUGGGGUUUGAUGCCAAGAUUGUUUUGGUUUCUAGCAAGAUAAUGUUGGGGUUGGUUUGUUUGUUUUUAAAUUAGUUUACAUUUAAUUAUUUGGUAUUUAUGCACAAGAUGUAAAGGAACAGUAAAUGUUCUGGAGAGGCUUAGAUAUUUCAUGUCUACUUGUAUGACAUACUGUCAUAAUUCAUAUAGAAUAAGUAAUUUUCCUUAUUCUGCUUUGGAAAAACGUAUUUAUGUAAAAAGGUGGAUUUAUCAUUAAAUGGUAAUGUAGUGAAAUAUAAUGCAAUAA